UUCAUAUUAUAACGAUUUUCUCGUGUGCGCCUGGACACACGAUUCCCAAGGUGACGGUCGAUGCUUCUAUUUCCAGUUUUGUAACCUCAAUUUCAGUGGGUUUUUGUGUUUGUUUCUGGAAGAGACUUCCGGAUGGGUGAAAUUGUUUUCUAGUAAAUUUAGAGCCGCACAACAAGAUGGCGGAAAACUGGAACAAGUUCCUGCUGCUCAUGUGGAAAAACUGGCGGCUCCAAUGGAGAAGGCCCAUAAAGACCCUAAUGGAGAUCCUGGUGCCGAUCAUAUUCUUCGCGAUCCUGGUCCUACUCAGGAGCGAGGUCAGCCCGACCCGAAACGCGGCCGUAACGUACGAUCCCAUCUGCACGUUCCCGAUUCCCGGAUUCUGCCAGAACCCCUCCACCACCACCACUACCACCACAUCCAGAUACCAGAGACUCUUGGGCAGUGAUUUCAACACGAGCAGUUUGGCAAAUUACACCCUGAUGUACUCGCCCUCGAACAACACCGCCAUAGACCAAAUCAUGAACUUAAUCCACACUUACAUCCAUAUUAAUACCACAUCUCACCCUACUGCUUCUUUAAUGGAGGCCGCUUACGUCUCCAAAGGGAGCUCCAACACCACUUUUGCAGCCGUCCAGUUCGAGGAUCACUUGCGAGACGGGACCGAUUUCGGGAGCGAUCCGCGUGUCAAAGUCACCCUCAGGUUCCCGGGGGAACUGAGGGUCGCUGGUAGCCUGGAAGCCGACUGGAAAACCACCCUGGUUUAUCCGAUAUUCCAGACAGCUGGACCAAGGAACUCUAAUAGCAGCACAGGAGCACCCCCCAAUUAUUAUCAGGAAGGGUUCCUGGCCUUGCAGCAAGCCCUUUCCGCCAUGAUUACCGCACGACAGUCCGGAGAAAGCUUCCCGGGACCAAUCACGAUGCCCGUGAUUAACAUGCGCAGGUUCCCGUACGCUUCCUGGAACGAGGACCUUUUGGCAGCCGUUCUACAGGCCUUUUUCGGCACCAUCAUCAUGUUCAGUUUCAUAUACCCGUGCAUGAACAUCGUCUCCGCCAUCACUUACGAGAAAGAGAAACAGUUGAAGGAAACCAUGAAGAUCAUGGGCCUGCCCAACUGGCUGCACUGGCUCGCCUGGUUUUUAAAGAGUUUCAUUCUGCUAAUGAUCUCGGUGGUUCUCAUGGUGGUUCUGUUAAAAGUCAAAUGGUACCAUGACUCGGACUACGCGGUGCUGACCUACGCCGACCCGUUCGUUCUAUUGUUGUUCAUGAUGUGCUACCUGUGCGCCACCAUCACCUUCUGUUUUGCCAUCAGUGUCUUUUUUUCGAAAGCUGAUUCCGCGUCAAACUUCGCCUGCAUCGCCUGGUUCAUCUCCUCGGUUCCCUACUUGUUUGUGCAACAGAACUACGACACUUUAUCCCUCGGGAGUAAAGUAGCGGCGAGCCUGUUCGGACCUAACACCGCCGUAGCCUUCGGUUUCCAGGUGAUUUUCAUGUACGAGGGCACCGCAGAAGGCGUCCAAUUCGACAACAUCUGGAAACCGAACACCCCGGACGACAACUUAUCCCUCGGGAUAAUGAUGAUGGUGCUGCUGUUCGACAGCGGGAUCUUUCUGCUGAUCGCCCUCUACGUAGAAGCCGUGUACCCGGGGGAGUUCGGGGUGCCCCAAAAGUGGUACUUCCCAUUCACCACCGAAUUUUGGUGCGGCAGAUCCAAAGGUUACAGCAGCAUCGACACUCUGGAAGAAUCUGUGGGGCAUACGAGCGGCCAGUUCGAGGAGGAACCGACGAACCUCCAGGCCGGAGUCAAGAUCCAGAACCUCCGGAAGGUUUUCGAGUCCAAGGUGGCGGUGGACGGGAUCAGCUUGAACAUGUACGAGGAUCAGAUUACGGUUCUUUUGGGGCAUAACGGGGCCGGGAAGACCACCACGAUGUCCAUGUUGACCGGCAUGUUUCCGCCCAGCAGUGGGACAGCGGUUAUUGGGGGAUACGACAUAAGAACGGACAUAAAGAGGGUGCGCGAGAACUUGGGGUUGUGCCCCCAGCACAACGUCAUCUUCGACGAGUUGACCGUGGAGGAGCACCUCUACUUUUUCAGUAAGCUGAAGGGGGUGAGGGGGAAGGCCGUGAAGGCGGAGGUGGACAAGUACGUGGAACUGUUGGAGCUCAAGAAAAAGAGAAUGAAGAAAGCUCGCACUCUUUCUGGAGGGAUGAAGAGGAAACUUUGCGUGGGAAUCGCCUUAUGCGGAGGCUCCAAGGUGGUGAUGCUGGACGAGCCAACCUCAGGGAUGGACCCCUCGGCCAGGAGGGCUUUGUGGGACCUUUUGCUCAGCCAGAAAACCGGCAGAACCAUUUUGCUGACCACCCACUUCAUGGACGAGGCUGACCUCCUUGGGGACCGCAUAGCAAUCAUGGCCGCCGGAGAAGUGAAGUGCUGCGGAAGCAGUUUCUUCUUGAAGAAAAAAUACGGGGUGGGGUACCGCCUUAUUAUCGAAAAGACCCCCCAGUGCAAUCCCCAAAAUGUCACCGACUUAUUGGGCAAGUACAUCCCUCGCAUCCAGGUGGAAAGCAACAUCGGAUCGGAGUUGUCUUACUUGCUGGCCGAGGGGCAGUCGAACAUAUUUGAGCCCAUGCUAAAAGAACUGGAGGCCAAGAGCAAGCAGCUGGGCGUGGGCGGUUACGGGAUAUCUUUGGCAACCCUGGAGGAAGUUUUUAUGAAGUACGGGUGCGCCUUUUUGCAGGAAACCGGUUAUUUAACAAUUGGUUUUAGGGUCGGAGCUGACCAUUUGACAGAAGAGAAACCGUCAAACGGGGUGGUGCACGCCGUUCCACAAACAACCACCGUAGUAAGCUCCUCGGAAUUCUUGAAGAACCAAAUAAUCGCCAUGUCGUUGAAGAAGAUCCUAUCGGCGGUACGCAAGUGGUUCUUGCUGGUUCUCCACAUGAUCCUCCCGGCAUUUUUCAUCAUCGUCAUCAUAUUGAUUGCGCGGCAAAAUAAUCGCACGAGAGACCUGCCGGCUAUGAAGCUCGACCUCAGCCGUUACUCUGAGUCUGUUUUGCUCGUAGACGGAGCGGAUCUGAGCGACUCGUCUCGAAAAUACGCUCAGAACUACCGGGAGGUGGUGGGAUCCGCGUACAAGGAGGUCCCGUCGAUCCACGAGCACAUCAUGGACUUGACCGCCAAAACACCUUCAACGGUAAAGAGACGAUAUUUAGGAGGCAUCAGUUUCAGUGCCGUAAAUCGAACAGGCAGUAACAUCCCUUCAAUGAUCAAUGUGGACGCAAACUUCACGGCGUAUUUCAAUAACGACCCCUAUCACACCCCCGCGGUCUCUUUGGGCCUGGCUAUGAACACCGUACACCGCAUUAGGACGAAUUGCUCCGACUGCGGCAUCGAUUUCGUCAACCAUCCGAUGCCAUUCAUGGCAGCAACGAAGAUUAAAGCGCUCUUAUCCGGCGCAAACUUGGGCUACCAGGUGGGCUUUAACUUGGCCUUCAGCAUGGCCUGCGUCGGAUGCUACUUCCUGCUGUUUGUGGUGAAGGAGCGCACCACCAACUCGAAGCAUCUACAGUUCGUCUCCGGUAUCAAAGUCUACAUCUUCUGGCUGACGACGUUCCUGUGGGACUUUAUCGUUUACGUCCCCACGGUGAUUUUAAUGCUGCUGGUGCUGCUUUGCUUCCAGGAGGAUGGAUUCAAGAGCGCCUCUGAUAUUGGGAGGUUAUUCGUUAUUUUAAUCUACUUCGGGUGGUGCAUGCUGCCCUUCAUGUACAUCGCGGGAUUCUUCUUUAAAGUGCCCGCCUCUGGUUACGGGAUCAUGGCCAUCAUCUGCUUGUUCACAGGGGAUAUUGCCAUGAUGGUGGUGGAAAUGUUGCGGUCUCCAGGUCUGGAUCUGGAAUAUGUCGGGGACAUCUUGCACUGGAUCUUCCUGCUGUUCCCCCACUAUUCUUUAGGGGCCGGAGUUCGGGACACUUACAAGCUCUUUUUUUAUAACAAACUGUGCGACUCUUUUUACGAGCAGUGUAUGCUGAUGAAUUCAAGCUUCACCAAGCAGGAUUGUCUGGACAUGGACACGUCAGGCUUAAAUACCUACUGCGUCGGUCUGGAUCAGGACUAUUUCAAAUGGGAGGACCCCGGAAUUGGCGCCAAUCUAGUCUACUCUUUUACGACAGGUUUCUUGUUUAUCGUCGGGCUGCUGAUCUUCGAGUAUGGGGUGUUCUCCAAAGUGAUUUACUCGGUGGGGCAGAGGUGGGCCAAAGGCCCUGUGGUACCCCCUGACGAGGACUCGGACGUCCGAAAAGAGAGAGAGAAGAUCCUGAACACCCCCGAGGAGCAGCUUUGCAACGAGUACAAGAUGAUGGUGAAAAACCUGACUAAACAUUACAAGAACUUACUGGCCGUCAACGGAUUAUGCCUGGGGGUGAAGGACAAGGAGUGCUUCGGCUUAUUAGGGAUAAACGGGGCGGGCAAGACCACCACCUUCAAAAUGCUCACGGGGGACGUCCGUAUAACCCACGGGGACGCAUGGCUCCAAGGCCACAGCGUCAAAAAGAACGUGACGCAAGUCCAAAAACUGAUCGGCUACUGUCCCCAGUUCGACGCUCUGUUAGACGACCUGACCGCCUUGGAAACCCUCAUAAUAUUCUCCCUGAUCCGGGGAAUCCCGCGGCACUCGUGCACGCCACUCGCCAAACGACUCGCGAGCGAGUUCGACUUCGAGCGCCACCUGCUGAAGCAAGUGAGACAACUGAGCGGCGGCAACAAGCGGAAGUUGAGCGCGUCGAUCGCGAUGAUCGGGGAUCCCCCGGUGGUGUUCAUGGACGAGCCGACCACCGGGAUGGAUCCGGCGACGAAACGUUACUUCUGGAACACGAUUUGCCACGCCCGGGAUUCCGGGAAGACGAUCAUCUUGACGUCGCACAGUAUGGAGGAGUGCGAGGCUCUGUGCACCCGUUUGGCCAUAAUGGUCAACGGGAAUUUUAAAUGUUUGGGGAGCGCCCAACAUCUGAAGAACAAAUUUGCCGAUGGGUACACUAUCACCAUUAAAAUGAAGCAGGGGGAUGAGGGGACGAUCGAGCGGGUAAACGAGUUCAUGACGAGCAGUUUACCGGGGGUGGUUUUGAAGGAGAAGCACGACGAGUUACUGACGUACUUCAUGGCUGGGAGGGAGGCGCCACUGUCGAAGAUGUUCGGAAUUCUGGAGCAAGGCAAGAGAAGGGACUUGGAUAUUGAGGAUUACAGCUUGGGACAGAGCAAUCUGGAACAGGUGUUCCUUCGGUUUACCAGAGACCAACACGUGACGUAACCAUGAAAUUAAAUUAUUUAUAGGCAAUUUUUAUUUAUUAUUCAGUAUUAAUGUGUUAACUAAUUCAACUUAAGUGGCCUUUGAUGUUAUGCUGUGACACUUAAUUUUAUAUGAGAUACUCUCUGUAUGUUUCUAGUUUUAAGAUUGAAAAUAAAUGUAUUUUUGUUUA